AUGGGGAACGACUCGCUCGUGCGAGAGUUUCUCGGCGCGAUCCGCGAGCAGGUGCGGCAGCAGCAGGGCGACGCGCUACGGGCCUGGCUGCAGGUCGACUCGACCAGUGACCCGCAGUACUUUAAGCUCGCCGCCGAGCUUCGCAGCAGCUUCACGACGCCGACGAGCGUCGACGACGUCGUCGAGGCGUGCCUGCCGCAGGAGGACAAUGUGCCCGAGGGCCAGGCGACGGCGUGGCCGGGCUUCCAGUCGUUUAUCAAGGACUAUCUCGUGUUUUGGCGGGACAUUGAUUUUGAUGAUCUCGCGGCCGCGCAUCAGCGACUAGCUGGUCUCGUCAACUCCUGCGCAACGGCCUUUGCUCACCCCUCAUACGGCGGCAUGCUGCUUCAGGCCAGCAUGUCCCUCUCCGAGAUGCUCGCGCGUCUCACGCUGAUGCUCAACCGCCGGCCCGACCUCAUGCGCAAGCUCCGCGCGGGGGCCGCCGGUGACGAGGACAAGUCCAUUGCCGAGUCGUCUGCCGAGAUUAUCCAAAAAAUCUUCACCACCUGCCUGACGGACCGCUCCAGCCCGCGCUGCAGCCGGCCCGAGGGCAAGAAGACGGGCGUCUACAUGUUUGCCAACCUCGUCCUCAAGCUGCUCUUUGCCUGCCGCCGCACCCACCUCGCGCGCAUGAUCUUUGUCAACAUUGCCAGCAUUUCCCCGCCGCUGCGCCUCUACCCGGCCGCCCAGCGCGUCACCUUUCUCUACUACCUCGGCCGCUUCAACUUUGCCAACCACCAUGCCCGCCGCGCCGCGCUGUGCCUCGAGGCCGCGUACCGGCAGACGCCCGCCGCGUUCCGCGCCCACCGCGCCCGCAUCCUGACGUACCUCAUCCCGAGCAACAUGCUCCUCGGCCGCUUCCCCUCGGCCGCGCUGCUCGAGCGCCCAGAGGCCGCCCAAACCCUGACCCCCGUCUUCCGCCCGCUGUGUCGCGCUGUCCGCGCGGGACACUUUGUCGCCUUCCAGGCGCAUCUCGCCACCCACGAGCGCUGGCUGCUCGAGCGCGGCCUGCUGCUGCCGCUCGCGUCGCGCCUGCGGCCGCUGCUCUGGCGUAGCCUCUCCCGCCGCGCUUUUCUCCUCACCUACGUGCCGCCGCCGCCCGCCGAGGCUGCCUCGUCGUCGCGUCGCGCUGCCGCCACCCUCGACCUCACCCACCUACACACGCUCGCAGUCUACACGCAGCGCCGCCUCGAGGGCUGGUUGCCCGCCCGUCCGCCGGCCUCCUCCUCCUCGGCGCACCAUCGCCGACCCCCGCACGGCAACCAACUGCUUAUGCGCGCCGUCUCCAACAGCGUCGUCGACAACGGCGCGUCCACGCUCGCACCGCCCCCCGGCGGGCCGCGCAGGCUACGCCCCAACGAGGGCCUCGUCUGGGGCAAUGCCGAGGUCACGUACGAGGACGUGGAGAUGGUCGUGGCCGCACUUGUACAGAUGGGCCUCAUGCACGGCUUCGUCGCCCACGGCCAGUCACGCUUCGCUAUCAUCGGCGCCAAGGCCAAGGGCAGCCCACUGCUGGCAGGUUGGCCCGACGUCUGGCAGGCCAUUCAGAAUCGAAAGUACGAUGAGGAUUUCGAUCUAGAUCAUGUGCCUGGCUGGGUAAAAGCAUAG